UCAUAUCAUUGUCAUUUUUUUUUCCUAAACAUUUAUAAUAAUUCUUUAUUGCGUUUUAUUUACCCAGACCAAAUCACUAGUACAGUUCAAGCAACAUAAAUUAAAAACGCAUAUUGUCACUGGUGAGAAAAUAAUCUAAUCAAAACCACAAGAAAAACCACCAGGAAAUUAGUUUGGAAUGCAUGCAAAAAAUAUCAAUUAUAUGGAAUAUUCUAGGCCUUCCACUUGUUCACCCGAAUAGUAAAGAGUGGAAUAGAUAGCUAAUCAGCAGCAUCAGUUCUCGAAUAAUGAAUAAGUUGUAUCAUCACAUUGUUUGGUAGCAUUAUUGACAAUGUUUGCUUGGGGAAGUACCAUCAAUGGAGAAUUGGGCCUUGGAGGCAUCGAGGAUGAACAUAUAUUGACACCACGAAAGCUUGAUUGGUAUCUGGCCAAUAAAGUGAUAGAAUGUGCACUAGGCGACAAUCAUACCCUUUUCCUUACCAAUGAGGGAAGGGUCUUUUCAUGCGGCAACAACGAUUAUGGUCAAUUGGGUCAUGACCAACCUCGAAAAAGGCCACGUAUGUCUGUAUUUCAGCCAGUAACUGGUUUGGAUGCCUACAAUAUUACUCAUGUGGCCUGCGGGGCAACCCAUUCCAUGGCCCUUAACCAAUGGGGACAAGUAUUUUCAUGGGGAUCGGAUUAUCACGGCCAGCUUGGUCAAGAAUUAGGAGAAAACAUUCAAGCUAUACCAAAAAUUGUCAGGACAUUAGCGCAAUAUCACAUUGUACAGCUGGCCUGUGGGCAGAGACAUACUGUGGCACUGACUGAUAGUGGUGAUAUAUUGUCAUGGGGUGCAAAUAAUUUUGGACAACUUGGCGUCGGAUCGUUUUCACCUUCUGAAACUGUUCCCAAACGGGUGAAUGCCAUAAGUGGCCUUCCAUUUGUGUUUAUUACGUGCGGAGCAAAUCAUACUUUCGCAAUAUCAAAAUCUGGAGCUGUGUUUGGAUGGGGAAAAAACACUCGUGGUCAGUUAGGAAUUAACGAUAUGGAAAAUAAAAUGUUUCCCACCCAACUUAGAACAUUGAGAAAUUUGAAAAUUCGAUAUGUAGCGUGCGGAGAAGAAUUUUCGGCUUUUUUAACAUUAGAUGGAGGAGUGUUUACUUGUGGUUCAGGUAGUUACGGUCAGCUUGGCCACGGGAGUAAUUCAAACGAAAUCUUGCCCAGACAAGUAAUAGAAUUGAUGGGCUCUACAAUCACGCAAAUUGCGUGUGGCCGACAGCAUUGUUUAGCAUUAGUGCCUUCUAGAGGUAGAGUGUACAGUUUUGGUAUAGGCGGUUCUGGACAAUUAGGUGUUAGAAAAACCAACAGUGCCUACACACCUCUGGCUGUUCUGGGUCCUUGGGUUUCGCCUAAUGGUAGUGCGCUCAUACCCCUUGACAAUAAAAACAGUCCCCUUCUAGUCAUACAUAGAAUUUUUGCUGGUGGAGAUCAUUGUUUUGUAUCAGUUGUACCCCAGGAAAAAAAGGUACCGGCAUAUGAUAGCAGAGAAUACGAUCCUCAGACGCAAAUAUUAACUAUUACAUACAGCUACAUAAAAACCUUAUUAAGGAUUCCCACUAAAGGUCCUGUAGAUCAAGAAGUAAUAAGUUUUCUAGAAACUGCAUUCAAAAGUUUAGCUUGCCUAAACGGGUCUUUUCUUAUUGAUGAACAUUAUUACUGUACAAGUAAACAUCAUGGAGUCGAUUUACAGAUGGCGGAAAAGAUUUUUAGUGAUAUUGGGAAGAUUGAAAAUGAAAGUAUUCAAAAUUUGAUUUGGACUGGCCUCACAGACAUUGUCCACAAACAACUAGUACCUGAUCCGCCAGAUGUGGAAUCCUUAAGAAUAUAUCUACUAUUACCUCUUUAUCACGAAUUUAAUAAUUCAAAACAAUUUGUCAAAUUGCAAAAACCAUUUGCUUCGGCUAUGCUACGACUAAAAGAAUCUGCUAGGAAAGUUGUGGGAAGUUGGUGGAGUAAGACGACAACAGAUUAUUUUGAGAAGCUCGUUAACAUUUUCAAAAAUGUUGCCAGUUAUAUUAUGAGAAAUCAAAACAUUCCACAUGGAAGGUCAAUAUUUUAUGACGCAGCCUUAGUAGCAAUGUUAGAUAUGAUGGCCUAUUUAAACAAAUUAAAUCACAACGUUCCUGACGGUUUAAAAGUUCCUUUUGAUAUAUUCCACAUUAACGACUUACAUGAUUAUUUAGAUGUACGGGUCGAUUAUGUUUUAUGGCUAAUGGACAAUGAGUCAGGGAAAUUAUAUUUAUGUAAUUACCCAUUUGUCUUUGAUGCCCAUGCUAAAUUGAAAUUGUUAGAAACUGACCAAUCUAUGCAGAUGCAAAGCGCCAUGCAAAAUGCUGCUCAGCAAGCGGUUGUGGCUGCUCUAUUUACGCCCAACAGAAUGGUGUCGAUCAAUCACUUUUUGUCAUUGAACAUUUCCAGGGAUCAUAUAGUUGAAGAUACGUUAAGAGAGCUAAGCGGUGUUAACACUGCUGAUUUGAAAAAACCAUUAAAGAUCAAAUUUUCUGGUGAAGAAGCUGAAGAUGCAGGCGGAGUGACCAAAGAGUUUUUCAUGUUGUUGCUUCGAGAAAUAUUGGAUCCGAAAUAUGGAAUGUUUAAGGAAUAUGAAGAGACGAGAGCCAUCUGGUUUUCUGAAAUCAGUUUUGAGGAUAAUAACGUUUAUUGUCUUAUCGGUAUGAUCUGUGGACUGGCCAUUUACAACUUUACAAUAAUAGACAUUCCGUUUCCGCUUGCCUUGUACAAGAAACUUUUGGGUGAACGAGUAGUCCUUAACGACUUGAAAGAAUUAUCUCCAGCGAUGAUGAAUUCUUUAAAAAGCUUACUGGAAUAUGAAAAUGACGAUCUCCAAGAUGUUUUUUGUUUAACUUUUGACAUUAAUAGAGACGUUUGGGGUGAAAUCACUACUCUGGAACUUAAGCCUAAUGGUUCGAAUAUACCUGUUACUCAAGAAAACAAGGAAGAAUACGUUAAGUUGUAUGUUGAUUACAUAUUUAAUAAGUCAGUCGAAAGUCAAUAUCUUUCAUUCCAUGACGGUUUUAUGAAAGUAUGUGAUGGUCGAGUUUUGCAACUUUUCCAUUCCCAGGAACUCAUGUCCAUAGUAGUGGGAAAUGAGAAUUACGACUGGCAUGCGCUUGAAGAAGCUGCCGAGUACAGAAAUGGUUAUAAAUCCUCUGAUCCAACAAUAAGAUAUUUUUGGGAGGUGUUACAUGAGAUGUCGUUAGAAGACAAAAAGAACUUUUUGCUAUUUUUAACAGGAACUUAUAGAAUACCAAUCAAGGGAAUGAAGGCAAUCAAAAUUAUAAUUCAACCUACAUCGGAUGAAAAAUUUCUGCCAGUAGCUCACACUUGCUUCAACCUACUGGAUCUUCCCAGAUACAGAACCAAAGAACGGCUUAAAUAUAAAUUAAUGCAGGCUAUUCAACAGACUCAAGGAUUUUCUUUGGUGUGAUUAUGAUGUGUGAUAAAAUUAUGUCCAUUAUUAGUUUUUUUUUUGUACCAGGUAUGAUUUUUUACAUCUUUUGAUUAUUGUUUUGUAAAAAUUAUUUAACAAAUUAUAAUAUUUUUUGGAAUUUAUGUACAGUAUUUCUCUUUGGAGAGAACCAAAUAGCAAGUUCGAUUUUGAUUUAAAACACUUUUCUUUAUAGAAGCCUAUUCCAGCCAAUAAUGCAGUUAGGCCAAACAUUUCAUCUAAUACAAAAAUGUGCUUAUCUUACAAAACUUUAUAUUUUGACUUUUUUUCUGUAUCACUUGUUACAGCUAUAGUAUCUUAUAUUUUUGAAAUAUUUUUUUAUAUUUUCUUUGUAUUUUAAUUCAAUAGCAUUGGAAAAAUAUACUUAUGUGUUAAUUUUUCCCUAUAAAAUAAAUAACUCCUAGCACUGCCGCACUACCUUUUCCAGGGGCCAGGGCUAAUAAUAGUUUUAUUAAAUGCCUGAUUGUUUGUUUGUUCUUUCAUUUGGCUAUGCUUCUAGGAGUGUAAUAUUUUUCAUAUUGUUACUUAUUUCUAGAAAACUAAUGAUGUCGCGAGGGUCUCUUAUUGUUGAAAUAACAAAAUAAAAUAUAUUUAUAAAUAA